AACAAUAAUUAUUGUAGCCAAUAUUGCAAUGUAGGUACACUUUCUCAUUGUCUUCAAAUCAUUGGGGAUCGUUGUAUUCUUCUCCGUUAUCUAUGGCGAGCUCUCACAUUGAUGAAACGCUCCCUGACGAGCUAGAAGAGGUGUGUACAGAGUUUCAUCAGCGCCUGCAGGAGGCAAAGCAGAAACUGUCGGCCUUGACUGAGAACAGCCGGGAGGAUGUGCACGAAGCCAUUGGCGACGACCUGGUGGAUCGUGCCAAUUUGGAUCUGACCGUAGCCUACGCGGCCACGUCACUGUACUGGUGUUACCUGUGCACGCAGGGCGUGAGCACCUCAGAGCACCCGGUAAGGCAUGAGCUUGACCGCAUCAAGAAGACGAUGGCACGCGCCGCGGAUGUGCGUAAGCAGCUCAGCGGACGCAGCACCACUGUCAACAAGUCGGCAGCCAAGCGCAUUGUCCAGAGCGGCAUCCAGACGCCGGGCAAGGAACAGCAACGCGAAAAGGACAAGAAGGCACGCCAGCAACAAGAGGCACAGGACCGUGCCAUGGCGAAGCGCCGCUCCCGCUCCAGCAGUCCAUCAAGCCUGCGCGACGCAUCGGAAAAGCGCCGUAAAACCUGACCAACAUCGUCUUCCGACCUAAACAACUGUAUCACCACCCAACAACUACUCGGUCAACUGACAUGUCACGUAAGCGGUGCGAGUUUCGUCAGCGAUGCAAGCCGGUUAUACUUGGAGGCCGGAGUGAGUUUCAGUCCAUGAGCUCUCAGCCCCGUCCGCCAGUGGCUUGGCUGCAUCUUGUCCUUGUGGUGUGCACUGCUGUAGUACAUGCCUUGCGGAAGCUCCAUGAGGUACGUCGGAAACUCAUGGAGUGCACGAUCCACUCCUGUCUUGCUGGGACCCGAUGAGCGGACACUUCCGCAGCUUGAGAGACAUUCCCGUGGCAGCCUUCUCGCCAUGUGCUUAGCUUGAUGCUGCAUCCUCGGUCAACAUUAUUUAUGACCUUGGGAGGCCUUUCUCACACCGGCUUGGGUUUUUAGUAUGUUCUGGCCUGGAUCAUGGUGCCAUGGACUUGCUCUUGACAUUGUUUGAUGGGUUCUACCCGCUUUCAUGCUGUUUUCUCUCUGUCUGUUUGUUCGUGCGCAUGUGUGUGUGUGUGUGUGCGCGCGCACGCUACAGGCAGUGGCAUUUUAUGUUUUAUUAGGAGAAGACUACGCUGCUCCUCUUGGCGUUAACACUUUCUACUUACGUGCCUUUCUCUCAUUUAGUAUGAUGGCUUUGGAUUGCA